AUGAAUGAGCAUUUUCAAACUAUUAAUACAGAUCCUGACUAUGUUACCCCUCAACCUCUCCCUAUUCCCCGUGGCACAAGAGUACCUGAAUUAUCCGUCCAUACUGUUUGUAAACUACUGUUAAAUCAGAAACGAACCACCUCGGGUCCAGAUGAGUUACCACAUUGGUUUUGGAACACCUAUGCAUAUGAUAUUGCGCCUGUGAUAACCAUAAUUUUUAACAGCUCAAUCAAACUGGGCAUUGUUCCUGACAGUUGGAAAUUAGCAAAUCUUUUACCUGUCCCCAAAGAAUCUCCUCUGACAGAAUCAAAUCAAUUACGACCCAUUUCGUUGACCAAUAUAAUUGUUCGCCUUUUUGAAAGAGCAAUCUAUACAACUGAAUUAGUCCAGGUGAUGGAAAACGCCAUCCAUAAAGAUCAGUUUGCAUAUAAAAGAGGUUAUAGCUCUACAAUGGCCCUAAUAAAAGCGCAACAUACCUGGAUGGAAUGGUUGGAUG